AGGUUUUUUUUUUGUAUUUGCCCGAGGGGCUAUUCGUUCAUUUUCGCUCACUGGCACAUAUUCGGUCAUUUUCUUUCUAUUCGGUCAUUAGUCAUUAGUCAUGGGUCAUUGGUCAUUGGUCAUUGGUCAUUGAUUAGUGGCCUGGUUUGAUCUGGAUGAGAUGUGCUGAGGGAAUCCUGAUCAUGAUGGGGGUUCAAUGUAUGCGACCCCACGAGGCUGCUACUCCUGCCCUGCCCUGCCCUGCCCCUGCCUCAUCCUACCCCUUCUGUACACACAUCGCAAGCGUAUUUCUCUCCCCCCAGGACCCUGUACCAAACCCUCUAUCUCACCCUGGCCACUUCGUCCCUUGUCUCAGCAUCACUCUCGAUUCGCACCCAGCAAAGUCCAUGGAGCAUGUCGCCAGGAUGGACUCUACAGGCAUCACAACGAACCAUCUCUCCUGCUCCGCUCUUGGAUCAGCUCCAGCGCCAGGAAUAGACACCGCUACUGCUCCUCCCGCCGCCCCUCCUCCUCUGCAGGGAGACAAGGCUUCGACACCGUCUCCAGAAGCAGCAUCAGACGCUGCAACCGCAACGCUACAAGAUGUCCAGGUCGAGCAAUACAAGGACGAUCUUCUGCUCCACACUCAGAUGCAACUGCAGGGCUACCUCGAAGACCUCGAGGAUGCUGAGAGGGAGGAGGCACAUGUCGAGGCUGCGCUCGCGGCCUCGCUUCAUUCUCACCACCACCACGCACACGCAUCCGACCCGCUGUACAACGAUCACGCCUCUUCGCCUUUCUACACAGACAUGCCCUCGACCUCAGGAACAACAGCGAAUUCGUCCCACACGCUCACCCCAGAGGUCACGGCCGAAUCCUUUCAACUACAGAUGCUCUCCCUCGAAUCGACUGCCGUCGCAGCAGCAGCAGCUGGCGGCAGUACUGUUAUUUCCCAAUCUUUAUCUCUGGGAUUGAACCUGAAUUCGGCACAGGGUGCGCUCGGACGCAAUCUGCAAGACCUGCAAGACCUGCUGCAGGAGGAAGGGAUACUGGGGGACGUCAAUGAUGAUGGGGACGACGAGGAGUGUUUGCCCCCGAGUGAGACCAAGUAUAUCCUCUAUGACGACCAUGUCUCGCCUGUGAGCAUCGUCGAGGCCCUCACGAUUUUGAACGGGAGUCUUUACGAGGAUCUCGUUGGUGUGGACCAACAGGCGACAAAAAUUCACAACCAUUGUCGAUGCAGCUCUGUGUCGCAUCUCGACCAUGAUGCGAACUGUCUUAUUUAUAACGGUGCUUUAUCUUCGACAACAACGACUGCGUCUGCGUCUGCGUCUGCGUCUGCGUCUGCGUCUGCGUUGAUCAUGGUUGCGAACAGUAGGGCUCAUGCGAUGAUGGAAAAAAAAGAGCAAGAUGAUAUAGUGGAUGCUGACAUCGCAUUGCAUCUGCAGUAUGGACACGAACACGAACACGAGCACAAGAAUGGGGAGGAUGACGAGGAGACCACCUCACAAGAUAUGAUUAACGGACAUUCGAGCUCAUUGGGGUUACUCUCGCCACCUCCUGGAUCUAAACACGAAUUCUUGGAGAGCGCAGACAUGGAGGAGGAGAACUUACAAGGACGACUGAGCCAUCAUAGCGGGCCGGACAUCUCUCUGAACCUGGCUGGGAACGUCGUAUCGCCCAUCGCGGUAGGAGGAUUGAUGGCGGACAGGGCCUGUAGGAUCCAGUACCUCAACUUGGGAAGCAACCGGUUAGGCUUUGAAGGAAUCGUUCAGCUCUCGGGAUUGUAUAAGAACACAUCAUUGGUCGAGCUGGAUCUGAGUGAAAAUCAUCUGGGACCCAAAGCCGUGCAUUCUUUGCAGCAGAUUCUGGUGAGACUGCAGAAGGACAAGGCGUGCAAUAUCAGACGACUGAACCUUUCCAAUAACGACGUCAACGAUGUCGGUUGCAUCUCCAUUGCCAAGAUCAUCACCGGCACCUGUGUAACCCAUCUGGAUCUGUCCUUCAACAAAAUCUCAGACUGGGGCGCCUCCACGAUCCUGGCCGCCUUUGAGUCGAACGAACGAACGCUCAAGGACAUCAACAUGGAGGCGAACCCGCUCUCGUUUGCCGGAGGCGUCGAUAUCUGCAAGAUCCUCGUCCUUCCACAAUCGAGGGUCACUCAUCUAGAUCUUCGAGGCGCCAAGGUUACGGAUGUGGGAAUCCCUUACUUGGCAGAGGCGCUCAAAUCGCAUCACUGCCCGAUCGUAUCCCUGAACCUAUAUGAUUGCCAGCUCACGGAUGCGGGGAUAUUGAAGCUGGCGAUCAAGCUGAGCGUGAACAAGUCGCUCCGUGUUCUCGGAUUGGGAUGUAAUUGUAUUGGGGAUAUGGGGAUUUUGGCGCUGAGCCAGGGAUUAUGUUUGAACAGCUAUCUGGAGGAACUGGAUUUGAGCGAGAAUGAUAUACCGUUUAGUCGGGCCGGGUUGGAGGCGCUCAUUUCGGCGAUGCGGACGAAUACGUCAUUGCUGGAUCUGAGGUUGGAUAUGGAUGGGCAUCCGCAUGUGGUCUCUAGAGAUUCAAAUAGUGGAGGGCUGUUUCCAGAUUUUGCGAGCGAGGCCGAAUACCAGUACCAGCAACAUCAAUUGCGGCUUCAGCAACAACAACAACAACAUCGAUGAUGCUUGAGAACACGACGGAGGUGCUCGCAACUAUUAAUCCGGUCGAGUUCUUGGUGCCGACCGAGAGUCAUGUAGGCGAAGUCCUGGCGCCGACGCAUGCCGCGAUCGCUCAGCCGCUCCAGGUGGCAACACCGCAAUCGCUCCAUACACAACUUCAUCACCCACCACAUCCACAGCCGCCCCAAACACCGGGACUCUUUAUGCAGGACGCAGCCGCCGCAGCAGCAGCCAUGCCGAUGAACGAGGAGGAUAUAGAGCAAGAACGCAAGCAGCUCAAUUUGGCGCUGGCAACCCUCAAGACCUAUGUCCGACACAAUCUUAAGCGGUCCACGCGGCUCCAUAAGCUGUGCU